UUGAGAGCGCGUAUAUUUUGAGAAGGGUGUCGUAAUGAACCGUCAUCGUGCGUAGGGCCCCGAAAAGAAGCAAGCACAAGUUGUGUGGAGCAGCUCCAGCGCGUAUAAGUUUCGUGACUAUUUUCUACACACACGCACACAUCGCACCCCGGACUACGGUACGCCCACCCCGGAAAGGAAUCGUCGGCCAGCGGACGGACGCGCACCGAUACAGGACGCCCUGGUGGACGGCGCGAUUGUCCCCGGGUAGUAGCAGUAUCCGCUCGCGCUCGCUCGAGCAGGGGCUAAUGAGUGAAAAUUGAUUGGCAGCCAGCAGCAGUGUGGGCCCUCCUUACCCGAGUGUGUGUGUGUGUGUGCGUCUGUAUGUCUGGCUGCUGGUAACGGGUUACCUUGAUCCCGGAGUGUGCGGCGCAGUGGCGGUGUUGUGAAGUGGAAUUAUUUUCUUUACGGAUUAUACUCUGUACGAUUGAAUACACAACCAACCACGAUGGAAGCUCCCCCGAGUGUGGAUGACUCUAUCGAGCGGGGGAAGUCGACGGAAUGCGACGGGGAGAAGGUGGAAGAAACACAAACAAAAGCAGCCUCCGCAGCGACCAGCCAAAUGCCAACCGAAUCCGGCGCGGGGGAAAAGAGUGACACGCCGCAGCAGAGCGGGUCGGAGGAAUCGAAGGACAGCGCCAACGGCAAAGCGACCGCAGAUCACGCGACAUCCUCUUCCUCAUCAUCAUCAUCAUCAUCAUCGUCAUCUUCCAAAGGUGUUCCGGCGACGAGCAGAACGUUCGACAAAGUACCGAUCUUUGUGGUGGAGGACCAUCACGAAGUGCUCACGUUCCUUUACCGCUGCCUCGGCUCGAAGCAUUUACCCCUGCAGGGCAACCGGAUCGUGCACUUUGACUCGCACCCGGACAUGUGCAUCCCGAAGCACAUGCCCGCCAACUACGUGUUCAACAAGGACGACCUGCUGGACAGCAUCAGCAUCGAGAACUGGCUGAUGCCGACCGUGUUCGCCGGGCACGUGGAGCGCAUCGUGUGGAUUAAGCCACCGUGGUCGGAGCAGAUCCCGAAGGGCAAGUACGCGUUCCAUGUGGGCGAGUUCGAGGGCUCGAUCCGGACGGACUCGACGCUGGAGUACUUCGUGUCGGAGGGUUGCUACCAGCCGGAGGACAAGCUGGAGAACCGCAAGCGCCUCCAGCUGGAGGUGUGCUCGGUCGAGGAGUACCCGGUGGCGGAGGACACGGACCUGGCGCAGGGCUACAUCCUCGAUAUCGAUCUGGACUACUUCAGCACACACAAUCCCUUCCUGAAGAUCUACGACCGGGUGCAGCUGUACGAGAAGCUGAAGGACAUCUUCGUUUCGCCCGAGCUGGCCGACGACGCGGAGAACGAUCUCGCCAAGCUGCAGCGUGUGGCGCGCGACCGGGAGGAGAAGCUGGAGUUUCUCGAGUCGAUCUUCCUGUACCUGGAGGAGGUGGGCAACCUGAAGCACUUCCUGGUGGACUACCAGCAGGAGAUCAGCGAGGAGUACGCGGGGCUGCUCGAGAAGGUGACGGUCCUGGUGCGGACGCUGAAGCGCGAGUACAAGGAGGAGGAGAUCGACUGGUCGAUGAUAUACGAUGCCGGGUGCACGUGCGACGUGACCGAUCUGCCGCACCACGAGUCGAGCCGGGAGGAGAUCGAAACGAUGGUCGGCCAGCUGGAGCGCUUCCUGGAGAAGGUGCCGUGCCCGCCGGUCGUCAUAACGGUGUCGCGAUCGAGCGAAGACGACUACACACCGGCCGGGCAGGUGGAGAUGAUACAGGAGAUGGUGCUGGCAGCGCUUACAAAGUGCCUGCGGGCGGAGCUCGACACCCCGAUACUGUACUAUAAGGAUCAGGAACUUAAUUUGUAAGGACAAUAAUAAAAGAAAACGACAACAAAAAAAACACCACCACCAUACACACCAAUGCCCCCUUCUCCCUAUUUAAGUUAACAAACGAAA